CUUCAAAAAGGGGUCAUUCGGCUCCAAAUUCUUAUUCAUUCUCUGAAUCGCUUCUUCUUCUUGGGCUUCAGAGAGAGAAAGAUUGAAAGGAUUGAUUUUGAAUCAGAGAUUUAGGAAUGGCUUCGAGAGUCGUUGAUCAACAACAAGCCAGAGGUAUGGCAGUGGCCGGAGUAGGAGUUAAGCCACAGAAGAAGAACGCUGUGGCGGAUGGGAGAAACCGAAAACCACUUGGUGAGAUUGGUAACCAGCAACUUGUUCGAGGAAUUGAGAUCAAGCCGAAUCGCCCCAUAACAAGUGAUUGCAGGAACUUCCGGGCUCAAUUACUAGCUAAUGCACAGGCUGCAGCAGCUAAUGAGAACAACAAGAAGCAAGUUUGUGUCAACGUGAAUGAACUUGUGGCGGUUAAAAGGGAUGAGGCACCCAAGCCAGUGCAGAAGAAAGUAGUUAAUAUCAAGUUGAAGCCCAAGGAGAUAAUCGAAAUCAGUCCGGACACAGAGGAAGGCUUGAUUGAAAAGGUGCAUGAGAAGAAGAAAGAAGGAGCUUCAAAGAAGAAAGCAGCACCAACUCUUACUUCAGUCCUUACUGCUAGAAGCAAGGCUGCUUGUGGUUUGACUAAUAAACCAAAGGAAGUGAUUGUUGAUAUUGAUGCCAAAGAUGCUGGUAAUGACUUGGCUGCUGUUGAAUAUGUUGAGGACAUGUACAAGUUCUAUAAGCUUGUUGAGAAUGAGAACCGCCCUCAUGACUAUUUGGACUCACAGGCCGAGAUUAAUGAAAACAUGAGAGCAAUUCUGAUGGACUGGCUGGUAGUUGUUCACAGCAAGUUCGAGCUUUCUCCAGAGACUUUCUACCUAACCACCAACAUAAUUGAUCGGUUCCUUUCAGUCAAGACUGUGCCAAGGAGAGAGUUGCAAUUAGUUGGCAUCAGCGCCAUGCUGAUUGCCUCAAAGUAUGAGGAGAUCUGGCCCCCUCAGGUCGAUGACUUUGUUAGCCUUUCGGACAAUGCUUACAGUAAUGUGCAGAUAUUGGUGAUGGAGAAAAUGAUACUGGGCAAGUUGGAGUGGACCUUGACUGUACCUACACUCUAUGUGUUCUUGGUCCGGUUCAUUAAAGCAGCAAUUUCAGAUGAACAAAUGGAAAACCUGGUCUACUUUUUAGCGGAAUUGGGUAUGAUGCAUUAUGGCAUGCUAAUGUACUGCCCUUCAAUGGUUGCUGCCUCUGCAGUCUAUGCUGCUAAAUGCACUCUAAACAAGAGUCCUGCUUGGUGUGACACGCUUAAGCUUCACACUGGUUUCUCAGAAUCUCAACUAAUUGAUUGUUCCAAAGUGUUGGUGAGCUUGCAUGCUAAGGCUGCAAAAAACAAGCUUCAGGGUGUGUUCAAGAAGUACUUGAGUUCUGAGAGAGGUGCUGUGGCUUUGCUGUCUCCAGCCAAAGUGCUUUUGCCCCCAGCCAAAGCUUCAGGAGGAUCUUCAUAGACACUUAAUCAUGGGAUUCUGGAAGAAGCGGAUACAACUAAGAGAAUCAACAGUAGUUGAUAAUAGAUUUGGUUUGGUGAUUUGAUUGGGUACACCUGCAUAAACAAAUGUUCAGACAAAAACAGAUGUGUUUUAGAUUCUAUUGUACUGUUCCAUGUUUAGAUUUCAAGGAAACAUUAUUAGUAUUAUAAUUCUUUCCA